UUGUUCGUUCAUCGUUGUUUGUUUGCUGCGUCUACAAUUUUUUCCUCGAGGAUAUGUCGUCAUUAUUCUUAUGCUCGGUAUUCAUCGUUACUAUUACGUUUACCUUGGCCGCUCAAAAUUUUGUAGAAGUUUCGGAUUGCCCAAAAACUGCUGUUGAAUGGGAUAUGAGAUCGAAGGAAAAGAACUGUCUGGUUGAUAGCCUUGUUUAUUUAUGUUCAGCCAUAGAAAACAAAUUGGGUCGAUACGGAGAGAUUUGCACUUAUCAAAGGUGGAUUCCAGAAAACGAAUGUGUAAUACUGAAUGCGCAGACUCAUAACAUGGACUCUGUGGAUUGUAAGGCUGACACAGGAUGCCCCAAAGAUUUGUAUCUUCCCUCCGAUUUGUGGCGAUACAAAAUUUGUUAUGAAAAUUUUUAUGGGAUAACAACAACCCUGGGACAAAAAACUACCCCAACAAUCACCAUUGAUGACGCAAGAUCGGAAGGCAAUGGUUCUGGCACUGGGGUUGGAGUGGCUGUAGCAGUGGUGAUCAUUCUGAUUAUUGUGGUAGUGGUUAUGGUGGUUUUCUAUGUCAGAAACCAAUUUGGAUUCAAAGAUAAAGUCCAGCAGAGGAUAACAAAUCUUAGAGAGUAUUUUCAACAUGGUGAUGACAAUACAGGUAAGAAUAUUGUUGUACAUCAUCUCAAGAUUAAUUCACAAUACAAAUAA